UACGAAGUGGUGUUUUGUGGUUAAUGAUCGCAUUAAGUUAGUCGGAAGACAUUCGCGAGUGUUAUUAUAUUGGAGUAUUCAAUAAACAAAGUGUAUCUGCCUAUUUUCGCUUCGUGUCAGGAAGCCGCUUCAUAACUCAAAAGUUUAUGCGGACUUUUGAGUUAAUUCGUUUGGGGUUCGGAGUAGGAGUCUACUCCGAGGGUGGGGGCUUAGGUUUCAUCAUCAUCACCUUUCAUCAUUUCAUUAAUCAUCAAGAAAAAAAAUACGUCAGACAUGGCUGUAUGGGCAUAGUUCCCUUUGCCUUACCCUUCGGGGAAAACCAAACCAAAAAAAAAAAAAAAAAUUGUUGAUAGAUUGGAAGCAAAAAACAUGAAAUCGUGUAAAUAAACAAAUGUUUACAGACAGUAUCAUUUUCUGAGAAAGACUCAAACACCGCUGAAUACCGCAAUCAUGGGUGACGGACCAAACGGGUUUGAUGACAUUGAAAUACUCAAAGCCCUGUAUGACUUCGAGGCUACCCAAUCCAAGACUCUCAGCUUCACCGAGGGCGAAUUCUUCUUCCUUCAACAAACCAACUCCAAGCAGCGAAAUUGGUGGCAUGUCGUUAAUAGGAAAGGUCAAGUCGGGUUUGUUCCCUCCAAUUACGUCGCCUCAGUCAAGGUGGAGCCGGAAUUCUUGCUGGCUUUUUUGAAUGACUGCCUUAAGAAUCUCAAUGAUAGUGGCAUGGCGUCACAGAAGCAAGAACUGGUAACUAGAUUGAAUGAAAAGAAGAAACAAGUCCAGGUGUCUUUUAAGCCUCAUACUAAGAAGCCACCAGCACCCAAGCCUCCACCACGCUUUGAUGAUAGUACCCCUCCUAAUGGAGUAUCACCAUCAUUUGAUUUACGGCCUGUGGUAUCCCAACAACAUAUUAGCGAAGAGAGGGAGAUUCAGUCUCCUAAAUCUUUGAAUAGCAACACUACUAAAGAUACUCAUGAAGUGAGAAAGAAUAAGUCCACUCUGAGCAAAACCUCCCAACAGCUGUCUUCUGACACCGACAACCAGGAUGACAGUCAGGACAGCAGUGAGAGUAUCAAGCCUAAUGCCAUUUAUGAGAUUGUACAAGCUGUGAGGAAGGAGACCCAGCUAAGCCAUGAAAUGUCCAAAGUUGCUGUUGAAACUGUUCUCAUUUCCCUUAGAGAAUUCUUGCCCGGUGGUGCUGCCAGAUCUAUUAUAGAUGCAUUACUCAGGGAAGCCAACAGUAACAUUACCUGUCCGAAGAAUGCGAUUGAUGCAGCACCUGAUGCACUGAGGAUGAUGACAGCUCUCAACUCCCUCUCCAAAGCAGCCAAUGAUGCUCAGCAGGGCUGGGCAUUACAUGAUGAUGCUCAUGAUAUACAGACUCAACUGCUUGAGCUUAUUUCGGUCAUGUCUAAUGCAGAUGUAAACAUCUCCCAGCAUGUACUGAGCAGUCACCGCUAUGCAUAUGUUACCACACUAGUCCAGUACUACCAAAUGGAGACCAGGUGGCCCCUGCGACAACUGCUGUUACAGGCAUUUGGCGUAAUGUGCGGCCUGGAGCGCACGGCCCUGGCGACGCUGGCGCUGUCGGCGCUGCCGGCGGAGAUCGCACGCGACAUGCAGGACAACCCGCGCGCAGUCAGCCGCCUCUCACACUCCGCGCUGCUGCUCUCCAUGGUCUUGUCCAUGGGCGACAAACUGCCUGUCACGCAUUUUGAACAAUUGGGCGUGGAGUUCGCUCAGUUCCUUUUGGACCUGAUAGAGAAUCCUCCGGAAACAGACGUGGACGAGCAGAUCCCGGACUUGUUCCUCACCCUCCUGCUGGCAUACAACCUGCAGUUCGACAACCCCCACGACAACCUGUUACUGAACGCACUGGAAACCAGGGACAAUGCCAAGACCUUCUGCGAAAAAGUGCUGCUGCUACUCAAUCGUGAAGAGGAUCCAGUACACAUAUUCGACCACGAGCCCGCGCCUGCGCACUCGGUACUCAAGCUUGUGAUUGAUCUGUUCACGCGCAAAAAGACUGCCGAACACUUCUACACCAACGACGUGAACGUUGCCAUCGAUAUCAUCGUGCGGCAACUUGCUGACCUCUCGCCCGGAGACAUGCGUCGCCAACAAUACCUGAAGAUCCUCCAAGGCAUCAUCCGAAACACGGACUAUGGCGCGCACCUGCAUCGCCGCGACGACCUGCUGCGGUGCUUCGCUCGCAUCUUCUGCGAAGAAGGCGACGCCAGUAAGGACGAUCAGACGCUGGUCCGGGCCAUCUCCAACGAGUUCCCACACUACUUCAAGGCCUAAAACCUCUGACGCAGGUAAUGGUGGACGCUCAGAAUUAUGCUAGUUCAUAAAAUUACGACAUGUCAAGUUUAGGUGUACUGGUAAUAUCCUAGCAUAUUUAGGCAACGUUAUUUAAAGAUCCUAUGACCGAUAGUGGAGUAAGUACUACACGCGAAGUGAUAAACGUAUAAGAUUGUUUGAUGAUGAAUAAUUUAUUACUGCCCUAAGAGAUGCAAUAUAAACAUUUAAUAGAACCAGACUAGAUUUGAAUUGUAACUUUAUGAAUAAGGUUUCGAGGAGUAAAAGUAAGCGAUUUGUUGGACUGAAUGAUGUGCGUUGCUAACACAACGUUCCUAAAACGCGUUUGACUAAGAAAUUGAUAUGUACUGGCAUAAGAUUUGGCAAUGGCUUAAAAUAUGGUCAAUUUGAAUAUUUACUUAAAAAUAACAUUACAAAGGUUUACAUGAUAGAUGUUAUAUUAGGUACACAGAUUUAUCUUGAAUUCAUCGAUAAAAAGUAUAGUAUUAUUAAUUGAUAUAUCGUCCCAUUUUACUUACCAUUUAUUUCUAUGAAGAAAUGUAAAGAAGGCACGUUAAGCCGUUGGUCCCGGUUACCACUUACUGACGUAAGUAUGUGGUCGUUACAAGAGCCAUAGUAAGGGCCUUUGGCGGCUCAGUAACCUUAUCAACCCUGACACCAGGGUUGAUAAGGUUGGUAUUCCACCACACAACCCACACGAUAGAAGAAGAAGAAUGUAAAGAAAUGAUUUUCAAUCUAACAAUAAAAGUUUUCAUGAGAAGCCAUUGACUAGCGCCAUUUAUCAGGCGGCGGUCAAAGUGUGUGGAGCGUUUGUUUCUAGAUUUCUGUAUAGGGGCCGCUCGGAAACACUUCAAAAUUGGCUGUGCUAGUGCGGA